AUGGAGCUGGAGAAAACCUACGCGACAUCCCGAACCGGCCGCACAGGACAUGGAGGCGUGAAUCAGCUGGGGGGUGUUUUUGUGAACGGCCGCCCUCUCCCAGAUGUUGUUCGUCAGAGGAUCGUGGAGCUCGCCCACCAAGGGGUCCGGCCGUGUGACAUCUCCCGGCAGCUCCGCGUCAGCCACGGCUGUGUCAGCAAAAUACUUGGCAGGUAUUAUGAAACCGGGAGUAUUAAGCCUGGAGUGAUUGGAGGAUCAAAACCAAAGGUCGCCACACCCAAAGUCGUUGAAAAAAUUGCAGAGUACAAACGCCAAAAUCCCACCAUGUUUGCCUGGGAGAUCAGGGACAGACUCCUUGCUGAGCGAGUGUGUGACAACGACACUGUGCCCAGUGUCAGUUCCAUUAACAGGAUCAUCCGGACCAAGGUGCAGCAGCCACCCAAUCAGCAGGUCCCAGCUUCCAGUCACAGCAUAGCCUCCACGGGAUCGGUCACCCAGGUGUCCUCUGUAACCACUGACUCUGCUGGCUCGUCCUACUCCAUCAGUGGGAUCCUGGGAAUUGCCUCCCCUGGCACGGAGAGCAACAAGCGCAAGCGGGAUGAAGGUAUUCAGGAAUCUCCAGUACCAAAUGGCCAUUCUCUCCCAAGCAGAGAUUUUCUUCGGAAACAGAUGCGAGGAGACCUUUUCACCCAGCAGCAGCUAGAAGUGUUGGAUCGUGUUUUUGAGAGACAACAUUAUUCUGACAUCUUCACGACAACUGAGCCCAUCAAACCAGAGCAGGCAACUGAGUACUCAGCCAUGGCCUCACUAGCUGGUGGAUUGGAUGACAUGAAAGCCAAUAUAACCAGCCCUACUUCUGCAGAUUUGGGAGCGAGUGUUCCUGGGCCUCAGUCCUAUCCUAUUGUCACAGGUCGCGAGCUGGCAAGUACAACCCUCCCAGGAUACCCUCCACAUGUCCCUCCUGCUGGACAGGGCAGCUACUCCGCUCCGGCGCUGACAGGAAUGGUGCCUGGGAGCGAGUUUUCUGGGAGCCCAUACAGCCACCCACAAUAUUCAACAUACAACGACUCCUGGAGGUUUCCCAACCCUGGACUCCUGGGCUCCCCCUACUACUACAGCACCACAGCCCGUGGAGCAGCUGCACCAGCUGCUGCUGCUGCCUAUGACCGCCACUGACGCCGGAGCUC